CAAAGGUUCAGAUAUCGUGGGAGGAUGCGGCAGACAUAUUGAAGACUUAGGAUGUCAGCAAGCAAAGUGAACCAGCAAGACAUUUUGGAAAAGCUGAAGAAGGAUGUUCGUUCCUUGCUCAUCUCAUCUAAGAUGGGCUUGGACCCUGAUCGGCUCAGGAAAGACUAUUGCACCAUGUUGGGGCACCCCAUGCCCCUGAAACAACUGGGCUUCAGACACAUCAUGGAUAUGGUGAAGGAGAUGCCUGACGUGGUGUCGAUUAAUUUCAGGCCAGAUGGGAGCAUAUAUUUAAAAGCUAUUGGCGACGAUUCCACCCGAAACAUCGAGGAGCUCGUGGCUAAGCAGCGCACGUCUAAGGCCGACACGAGGAAUAGGAGGGGUGUCAGCUACUUCUCGCCCCGCAACUCUUACCUGUCCCCCCAAGUGGUCCUUCCAAGAAGAGGUCGUGCUCCUCCAGCUGUUCCUGCUCAGCUGAGGACACAGCUUCGCCUACUGCUCUCCCAGGGUCCACUGAGGUUGUCUGACCUGGAGUCCACCUUCCUGCGCUGCUUUGGCCAGCCGCUGCGUGUCCACAAGUACGGCUUCUAUUCCACUGGAGAGAUGCUGGAAGGAGUGGCGGACCUGGUCCUUAUCCGGCAGGGCAGGCUGGGCUCAGUUCUGAGCCUGAGGGAACAUAUGCUGCCCAGGCCGCUACACAGACCGCUCAGCUCACUAAGGAGGACUGAGCAGAUAAAGUCAGAAUCGCCUAUAACCGACAAGUCAGCCUCCAAAGGGCUGGACAACAGAGCUCAGCCACCAACAAUACCCCCAGUCCCAGUAAAGCAGAGUCCUCUGAACCAGCCUGCUGCUGAGACUACUCUGGGCCCUGUCCAUAAAGAGACAACAACUGUCACUAACAAGCCACAGAUGGUUGAGAAGAAGCAGGAAGCGGACACAGAGCUCUGCCAGGAUGGGCGGCUCUUUCAGAAUCGUGUCCUUAAGCUAGAAAAGGAGCUUCGUCAGCGAAUCGUGGAGAAUGGAGUCGCUGGCACCAUUAGCCAGGAGCUGAAGGACAAGCUACGAAAGGUUGUACGUCAGACGAGUGGUGGAAUAUCUGUUCACGAUCUGCCUGCUGAGUACAAGAGGCUUUUUGGCGAGGAUAUUCCACUGCUGCAGAGCGGCUUUGUCAGUCUCACCGAGCUGGUCGGUGCCAUGAGUGACACCUUCUACCUGAGACCUGUAGUGGGUGACAAUGGGCAACACUGGAUAGUCAUGGACAUACAAGACAGUGAUGCUACACAUUCAGACUCAAAGGUGACCAAGAGAUUUGCCAAUGGUGGGAAGCCGCCAGUGAAGACCUACUACUUCAGCUGUGGAGAAUCUCCUUGGGAAAGCACACUGGAAGGAGAUGAUGAUGAUGAUAAAGUCAUCAUAAGGAGGGAGGAGCUAGAUACCAAUAACAAUUCCAAGACCCAGGAAAUGGUGUACCCUGUCAUUCAGGUGCACUCCAGCCCUACAGUGCCCCUGGAUGCCCUGCAGAGUCAACGUCUCAAACCGCCGACACGCCACGGUGCUCGAGAGCUUGUAGAGGUCCUGGUGGAACAGGUGGAGACACCCGGACAUUUCUACAUCCGCUUCAGUGAGAGUGAGGAGGCCCGAGCUAUGGAGGACAUGAUGAUUGAGAUGAGACGAUGUUACACCUGCCCUGAGGUAUCGGAGUGUUACUGCCUCCCUGAGCAAUUUGUCAGACAGGGUCAAGUCUGCUGUGUGUCACCCAAAGGAAUGUGGUUCUACCGGGUGGUGAUCCAUCGGAUCAUCAGCUCCACUCAGGUCGAGGUGUACUAUGUCGACUUUGGCGAUAUAACCGUGGUACAGAGCGCCAACCUCAAGUUCCUCAAGUCAUGUUAUUCAGCUCUUCCAGCACAGGCUGUUCCAUCAUCACUCGCUGGAAUUAAACCAACCACUGGCAGCUGGACAGCUGAGGCCAAGGCCUCCUUUUUGAAGCUGUGCUCCGAUCGCACCCUGGUGGGCGCUUUGGAUUGUUACACCGGAGAUGUGCUUCAGCUCUACCUGUGUGACACACAGACUGAUGUUGACAUCUACAUCCACACUGUCCUGUUGAGCCAGGGCCACGGGACAGCCUGCAGCCCUGCAGCCAGUGCAGCACUGUGUGUCCAGCCCCGACCAGUGAGUCUCUACCUGGGUGAGGGAAUGGUUGACCUGCCAGAGAUAGAAGAGGUGGCCAUUUUAUCCCCAAAGCAAGCAAGCAUACUUGAAAGGUCCAUGUCAGCUUCGCCAAAGGUUGAAGACAUGGAGCAGCCCGCCCUGGAGUUUAUUGAGGAAAGUGACGUCAGCCCCCAUACCCAGGGUGUGGACGGCAACCUGUUCGAAGCUUUACUUAAUGAUCAGUCCUUCAGCUCCAGUGAAUCGGGCUGGGUCUCGACCAUCAAAUCGCCUCCUGUCAGCCCCUCCUGCCCAACCUCAAGCCCUCUUGCUCCUUUAAAUUUAUUCCAGACCCAGAUGACCCCAGCUCACUGUGAAGCUGAUCUUAAAACUCUGAGCUUGACUCCUCCACCAACUCCAUCCAGCAUUCAUUCCAGCUCCCACUGUCCGACACCAGAAGAGGAGCAGCACCGGCCUAAAGUAGCUGCCCCCUUGUUGGUUAGGCCACCACCCAUCCUGAGGACUCUUAGCCUCCACACCCCAGACCUGGGCCGAAUCCAGGACUGCACUCAAGCUCCACCAGUUUCUCCACUCCACCUGCACAACUCUGGCAUGCUAUUUCCUCUGUUUGGGGCCAGGUAGGUCUCCUCCUGCCUCCAUCAUCCACUUAACAUCCAAUCCAACAGCCUGAAUGAGUCAAAACCCAAAGGAAGGAACAUUUAUUCCUUAAUAACUUUGACUACUAAUAAAAAGUAGGGACAUUCUUUGAGAAUCCAGUUUUGGAAUCACUUUGUCAACAAGCACUUGUGUUAUUUACUAAGUUAAUUUUAAUCUAUGAUAGAUGAGUUAAUUUGUGUGUUAGGCUCUGUUAGUUAGUUUGAUAUUGGUGUAAUUAUAGAACUUUCUUAACAGUUAAGUGUUGGGAGACAAAGAAUUCAGGAAAUGGAUGGCUGUUCUUUAUAAAUGUGAAUAAGCUUGUAAAUUCUUUUUGUUUUUAAAAACUUUUUCGUUGUGUUAAAUGCCAUCAAGAUGUCUAUAAUAUGUUUAUAGUGUGAUUUAAUUUUC